AACGUAGGCAAGAAGAGAAAGAAAAUGAAGAGAAACGUAGGCAAGAAGAGGAGGAGAGGCGUAGACAAGUAGAGGUAGAAAUAAUAAAUAGUUUGUCACAAAUUCAAGAAAGUUUUACAUUAGAGUAACGAAUGUCGAAUCUGAAACAGCCCCUUCAUCUUCACAUCCCCUAAAUCUUCUUGAAUCAGGCACAAUCAGAAAUAGCAAAAUUUUGAAACCACCCACCUUCGAUGGCCAAACAGCAUGGGAAACGUAUCGUUUCCAAUUUGAAGCUGCAGCUAAAGCAAAUGGCUGGACUGAAAGAGAAAUGGCAGCUUCCUUGGUGGUGUCGCUUCGAGGUCAGGCAGCAACCGUCCUUCAAUUUCUUCCUCAGGAUUCACCUAGUUAUGACUCACUUGUUCAAGCUUUAGAAACAAGAUAUGGCCAACAACAUCUGAAGCAGGUUUUUCAAAGUCAGCUUAAAGUUCGGUAUCAAAAACAUAACGAGAGCCUACAAGAAUUUGAAGCUGAUAUUAAAAGAUUACUACAUUUGGCAUACCCUCAGGCACCUAAAGAUUUUCUUGAACAAAUCGGUAUACAGGCAUUCAUAGACGGACUACAUGAUAUCGAAAUGCAACAGGCUCUCCGAUUACAACACCACAAAACGCUAAAUGGAGCACUAGUUUCAGCCCAGGAGUUUGAAGCGGCUAAAAGUAUUUCAAGAUCUCGCCCAAGAUUAAAAGAAAUCAGAUUUCGAGAAGAUGAACAAGUCCCUACCACAGAUAAUCAACAACCUAUUUUGUCCCAGAUGUUGAACAUACUCCAAAAUCUUCAACAAAAUCAACAAAAAGCUCAAAAUCAAAACAGAAGAUGUUUUAACUGCGGAAGAAUUGGACAUUUGCAGGUCAAUUGUAGAAGUGGAUCCCAAGCGAGAAAAGAAGAAUACAAUAAUGAUGUCAGAAGGUCGCCUAGAUCGACAUCCAGAAGCCCAUCAUAUAGUCCUACUAGAAAUAUUAGUAGAGAUAGGUAUGUAAGAAGUCGAUCUCCUACAACUGACCACAGAUAUUCAAACAAUAGCCAGGGAAACGAAUAAAAG